UUUACUGUCCUGCCGCGCAGUUCUCAUCAUCACUCCGGCUCAUGGGCUUUAAACAAAGAAUACCGCUGAAGAAGAGCACCUGGGCUUUCUCAUAUGUCGGAAGCGAAGUGGCGAAGCUUUCUAAAUGCGCCGUACUGUUCCAGAAAGGUGACACUGCUUAUUGGGAGCUUACGUAUAUAGACAAAUAUAGUAUAGCGGGUUCACGUAUAUAGACGCAUAUCUGCGCGCAAGUAUGCCGAGAAGAAAACAGCAGGCGCCGAAGCGCGCGGCAGCGUAUGAUUCAGAAGAUGUUAAGGAGACCACCGUACCGACUGAUGACAUAGGAAGUGAUGGCCCAGCAACCGAGAAGAAACCAAAAGGGACAAAUGACUUACAAGAUGAAUUAAAAAACUCAGUGGCUGAACAAGACUCUACUGCUGAGCUUUCAGGACAUGAUGCUGACGGUGAAUCUCACAUAAGUGAGUCUAGCGAACCCACAUCAGAUGCUGAGAGUACUUCAAUUAAAAAUAAGGAUGAGGCCACAAGAGACUUUCUAAAAGAUGGGUCUGAAGACUCUGUAUGUAGUUCAGACAGCCUGGAGCAGAUGAAGGCCAUUUACAAAAGCUUCCUUAAUAAUCCUUACUGGUCCUUUUUGAGCUUGAAUUCAUCUCAGCUGUAUGCAGAAGAACAGCCUGCUAAUAGCAGUGGUAGUAGCAGUAACAAUAGCAGCCCUGGGCGCAGUUACGAUUGGCAUCAGUCUGCUGUCGCAAAGACACUCCAACAGGUGUCUCAGAAACAACCGAUUGCACUUGAACCAAGCCUUUUCUCAACUGUCCAGCUCUACCGUCAAAGCACUAAACUCUAUGGAUCCAUCUUUACUGGUGCUAGCAAGUUCCACUGCAAAAGCUGUAGCGCAGCAUAUGACACUCUGCUUGAACUCACAGUUCACAUGAACAAAACUGACCACUACCGUGACGACAACCAUGAAAGUGCCAGCAAAGGCAGUAAGUCCUGGUCCAAGCCACGAAAGCGCUCUCUUUUGGAAAUGGAGGGAAAGGAAGAUGCCCAGAAAGUUCUACGUUGCAUGUACUGUGGACACUCUUUUGAAUCAUUGCAAGAUCUUAGCGUGCACAUGAUAAAGACUAAGCAUUACCAGAAAGUACCCCUGAGAGAGCCAAGAACAGCAAUUGCUGCUAAAGUUGUCUCUUCCUUUAGAAAGAGGGUCCCGGUGGAGUUGGAUAUUGCUCAAUCUCUGCAUACCACAGAGCAACGAAGUCGCAAUGAAGGGCAGGCCAGUGAUGUUAUUCAGAUGUUUUCAGAACACUCCUUCAUUAACAAAGAUGACUCGAAAGAUCAAAAGAGCACUAGCCACGGGGUGCAGUUAAAGUCUCAGAACAUCAGAUGUAUGGAGUGUGGAAUUUCACAUGACUCUUUGGAGCAGUUGAGUGCGCACAUGAUGUUGACUGGUCACUUUGUUAAAGCCACCCAAUCAUCAUCAAAGGCAAACAAGCCCCUUCCAAAACAAGCAGCGUUGCCUCCUCAUCCCAAAAGUAAAUGUGACAAGACUCCGUUAGGUACACAAAGUUCCUCUUCUCUCUCAGCCACAGGAAUCAUCGAGUCACCUUUCCCAUCUCCACCAAAUGGGGUCAGCAAGAAUAAGACGCAGGAAAUCAAAUCUCCAAAAGACAAUGAUCGAAAUGGGUCUGCAAGUCUUAAUGAUUCAGAGGAAAGACGGGGAAUAUCUUCAAAAUGUGAUUACCUUACUGAGGACGAUCUUAAAGGGAGUCCCAAAAUGGAGUUUGAUAUUCUCAAAUCGCUGGAGAAUACAGUCGCAUCAGCUAUUAACAAAGCACAGAGGGGUGCCCCGAGUUGGGGGGGUUACCAGAGCAUUCACGCAGCUUAUCAGUUACAAAACCACCUUAAACCUUCUACUCACAACUCGAGCGCUGUGUCCAGUUUACAACAAUCAGCUGUUGGCCGGGAAGUGCAGUCCUUAGACAAAAGUCCAGUGAUUCCUCCGAGUACUCCACCAAGUGCUCUCACAACGACACUCAAUCUCCAUGCACUGGAUGAAUUGGAAACGAAAAUUACAGAAAAGUGUUCUGAAGUAGGGCAACAAUUUAAAUGCAUGAAGGGUCAGGGAUCCCCGCAUCGGCAGCUCCUCACAGCCCCUGAUUCAAAUAUAAAAGGAAAAAUACAAUCAUCAAGCUCUCCGAGUCUUGAGAAAAUGCUUGCACGUGUUGCUGAUGAUAACACCGAUAAGAAGUGUAUUCAGGAGUGCUCACAAGACUUUAGAACUCCUUCAACCCCUGUGUCAGAUCAGUAUGAUGACUCUGCUUCGUUAUCUGUCCACUCUGAGCCAAGACAACCUUCUGUUAGUCCUCUAAGUGCCCUACAGUCUGUCAUGAACCUUCAUUUGGGUAAAGCUGCCAAACCAGUGAGGCCUGUCCAGGACCCUAUGAGUAUGCUUCUCAGGAUGAGCAACAGCAUGGCAGAAAAGGCUGCACUCGCUGGUCCAUCUGGACACUCAAAACUUAGCCAGUUACAUUCCGACUGCCAUGAAAAUUACAGAGACCAACCAAUAGACUUGUCCAAAGGCAAAAGUGAACAAUGUCUCCAAGUUGCCUCCUUACCAGGCAAAGCAUUGAGUUCCUCCCUCUCCAGUACAUUUGUGAGCGAAACCACCGGUUCCAACAUAGUCACACCAGUUGGUCCUUUAUGUGAAAACGCCCUGUCAGACAUAUCGGUCAUGCUGCGAAAUCUAUCAGACUCUCAUGUUUCGAAGCCCCCAACACUUUUAUGUAGGACAGAGCAGUCGGAAAUUGAGGGUUCACAUGCUUCAGAUGAGGCAGAGGAUAUGACCAUGAUGCACAAACGUAAAGGUAGACAGUCACACUGGAAACCCCAACAUUUACUGAUUUUGCAGGCUCAGUUCAGUGCUUGCCUCCGGCAGACAGCUGAUGGAAAGUACAUGAUAUCAGACUUGAGUUCCCAGGAAAGGAUCGUCAUAUCGCAUAUAACAGGUCUUUCCAUGACAACCAUCAGCCACUGGCUUGCCAAUGUAAAAUAUCAGCUGAGACGAACAGGCAGGACAAAGUUUAUAAAGAACAUUGACUCUGGCCACCCAGUUUUCUUCUGUAGUGAAUGUGCUACACAGUUCCAAGCUCGCUCCACAUACAUCUGUCACCUCGAGUCACACCUUGGGUUUAAAAUGAAAGACUUGGCCAAACUUACCUCUAAAGAUCUCAACAGGAAGGUUAUGAAGUGUUCCAAAAGCCCUCCUGUGCUUUCUGCUGUAUCAACUGCUAAAGUAAACCAGGAGAAACCACAGCCAUUGUAAAACCAGUGCUUGCUUAAAAAUCAGACACAUUUAAACCAAAAUAAAAUCAUAAUCUAACAAUUCAUAAACAUUUACUGUUUGGUUGAUCUGAUUUAUUUAAUUGGCCAUAUUCAUAGGCUUGGCUUUGUUGUCAUUUGUGUUUUCAUAAUAAUAUAUCUGUUCAGAGUUAAGGUUUACUUAAUAGAAAAAAAUCUAUAAUAAUACGAAGCAUAUGUCUUAAAAUGCUAACAUUCUUGAAUGUUAAUGAUGAGCUAUUCUGGUCCUUAAAAAAUGUACAUUUGUACAUAGAUAAACUAGUGUAAAUCAUCCUCCCCCAGAACUCACUUCUGCUUCUCCUAUUUUGUCUGCUGUAUUACUUCGUUGGUUUGUAAAUAUAGAAUUGGAUUUAUUUAAAGAUGUACUGUAUAACUGUAUAUAAAGUGUUAUAUAAAGCCAAAUUUACAGAUUAAAAUGAUCAAUUUGCUUUUUUACAAAUAUUCGUAUCAUAUUUGUUCAUUUUCAUUCUAGUCAGAUUUGUUAAUCAAACUGUUUAAGCAGACAUGUUUGAAAACGUUAAUUAACACGUUUUUUGUGGAAUGUUAAUAUAUUAAACUAAGCAUGUCGUCUAUAAUGUAGAAAAGGAAAUAUGUUCUAUUAUAGUAAUCUCUUUUUUUACACAAAAUGAAAACACAAAAUAAAGACCUCAAGUCAUACAUA